CGAGAACCCGGGGCAGUUGGUUUUCGGACUUUAGACUGGGCACGUUGGCCGCAUCGGCGAUAUUGUCAAAAUUACAACAUCUCAUUGUGAUUAAUACCGUUAAGUUCGUGCCGGCCUCGUAGAUUCGGUCUUUGUGACCAUAACGACUCAAAUAUGCACUCAGUACUGUAUGCAACAAGGAUUUAUUGCCGACGAGAUCAAGAGCUCGACCGCGUGAUAUGCUGCCCAGGAUGCAUCAAGAUCUUUGAGAACGUUUCAUCCAUAUUUUUGAUUAUCAAAGACAGAAAUCGCAAGUUCUUAAUCAAUUUAUUCAUCUAAGUCUUCUUAAUAUUAAACCAGAAACCGCAAGCUCUUAACUGAUUUAUUGUGUCCUACCUUAGUCGUCGUUGUCCUGGUCGAACCGGUCCGCGGAUAUUAUUUGUUUCGAAAAAGCAAGCCACCCAAUUCGAACCAAACAUCCGAGAUGUUGCAUCAGGAGGGAGAUAUAACAUUAUCGCUCGAUCAGCCGCCAGAUACCGAAGUAACCAAGCCACAAAGGUCAAUUACAGGCCUGCGAUGGGCACUUGUAUGCAUGGCCGUGUUUUCAUGCAAUCUUUUGUACGGCCUCGACAACACAAUUGUGGCUGACAUCCAGGCCCCCAUAAUCAAUUCCCUGGGCAAUGUCAACAAACUCGGAUGGCUAGGCAUUGGCUUUCCCUUGGGUGCAAUUGCAGCUAUAUUGCCAUUAGGCAAAGCCUACGCCGCCUUCGACGUAAAAUGGCUCUAUUUCUGGUCGUUGGCCUUGUUCGCCGCGGCUAGCGCCAUAUGUGGUGCCGCUCCUCAGAUGAACGCCUUGAUUAUCGGCCGUGUCUGGGCCGGUGCUGGCGGAGCCGGAAUGUAUCUAGGAAACAUUAACAUGCUCCAGCGCCUUACUAUACCCCAGGAGCGAAGCGCUUAUAUGGCAGCAGCCAUUCUCGUCUAUGGCACAGGAGUCAUUCUCGGGCCUGUAGUGGGAGGUUCUCUGGCGGACAGUUCGUCUUCGGGUUGGCGUUGGGCCUUCUAUCUUAACCUCUUCAUCUUCGCCGUAAUGGCUCCCAUCUAUGUCUUCCUCCUUCCGUCGAUGCAGCCCCGGCCUGCACUCACUUUGACCCAAAAGUUAAGGUCUCUUGACUGGCUGGGUAUGAUUCUGAGUACCGCUAUAUACAUUAUACUGGCUAUGAUAUUCACAUUCGGCGGCUCCGUUUGGAACUGGGCAGACGGUCGCGCGAUCACGCUUUACGUCGUCGUCAUCGUCAUCGGGACCGCAUUUGCGAUGACACAGUACUUCGGAGUGUUGACAACCAAGGAGAACCGGCUGUUCCCAGGGCAAUUCCUGCGAGAGCGAACUCUGGUACUGAUGCUGGUCUGCUGUACUGCACUAAGCGGCGCACUCUACGUGGUCAUAUACUAUCUCUCGCUAUUCUACUCUCUCAUCCGCAACGAGGACGGUGUCAAGACUGCGGUCCGUCUGCUCCCCUUCGUCAUCUUUUACGUCUUCGGCGUUAUGCUGAAUGGUAUCCUCAUGGUGCGCUGGGGUUACUAUAUGCCCUGGUUUCUGCUCAGCGGCAUUCUGACCACUGCCGGCGGCGCGCUGCUGUAUACUAGCAGGACGGACACAGCGGAUGCCAAUAUCUACGGCUACUCAACCCUCGUCGGCAUGGGCCAGAUGUCGUUUCAAGCCGCCUACUCGGUCGUUCCGAAUAAAGUUUCGCCUCGCGAGAUGGCAGAUGUCAUUCAGUUCAUCAACGUCGGUCAGCAGGGCAGUAUUCUUGUGGCGCUGGCCAUCUGCAACACCAUCUUCCAGAACGUGGCGUUUAAUAGGCUACUAUCUAUCCUCGCCCCGGCGGGCUACUCGGUGGAGGACGUUACGGCAGCAAUUUCUGGAGCCAGGAGUCUUGUACUGCAGUCUGCUCCUCCUGAAAUAAGGAGCGCUGCGUUGGAAGUCCUCGUCAGCGCUAUCGAUAAUGCCUAUAUAUUGAUCGUGGUUUCUGGUGCAAUAUUGAUCCUCUGCUCAGCGCUUAUGAAACAGGAGAAAAUUACAAUGCAAUUAGUAGCUGGAGGUUAAUUUGCUCGGGGCUUGAGUGAGCGCGGCAAUCAAGCUGGUCGUGCGAUUGUUUUUGGCACACGGUCGUGCUAGGCAAAGAUAUCGCAACGACCAAAUUGCAUGCAACAUGGUCAUUUCAUUGCGGAGGGUAUUGAAAAUGUUUCGCUUAAAGAGGCCGAGGCCAUCACAAGAGUUAAUAGAGAUCUCAAGCAUAACUUGCUGGCUGUUAGUCUAGACUUUUAUAUGAAAUCAGCGAUCUGGCCCUCGCCAGGUUGAUCAAACCGAAGGCGAUGGAUAGCCUGAAAGAUUCUAUCAGCAAUAAAAUACGAAGCACCAUGUGGUACUUAAGAAGUUGAUAACAUAACCUGGAGAGAAGGAGGAGGAGAAGAGGAGAAAAAAGAAAAGAAAAAAAAAGCCGUUAACGCUCAAGCCACUGGGCUUGCCGAGAUAAAUAAAUAAAUAAAUAAAAGGAAUUACGCGGAUGCACUUUCGAC